UUCCGGUGGCCAGCUUAUCGCAGCCAGCUUUGGACUCCGGUUUCAGCUCCGGAGUAGUACCACCAUCGCUGCUGCUGAAAUGGUUUUAUGAUAGCCAGGCAGCACCUCCUCCGGUCGCCGUGAAAGCUGCCCUCCCUUUCGGCUUGCUGGACCCCAUAGAGGCGCCGAGGAAAUUAGUUUAAUGUCGGGUUUUUAGGGAGUUUUCGUGCCUUUCUGUCCCCCUGAAGUGAACCGUUGACUUGUCACCAUGAGAAGUCGAAGCAACUCGGGCGUUAAACUGGACAACUAUGCCCGGAUAGUGCAGCAGACUAUCAUGCGGCACCAAGAUCCAGUCACAGGCCUUCUCCCAGGAAGCCCAGAUCACCCUGAUGCCUGGGUUCGAGACAACGUUUACAGCAUUGUGUCUGUGUGGGCACUCAGUCUGGCCUACAGGAAGAACGCCGACAGGGAUGAGGACAAGGCCAAGGCCUAUGAGCUGGAGCAGAGUGUGGUGAAGCUCAUGAGAGGUGUCCUCCAGUGCAUAAUGAGGCAGCUGGAUAAGGUGGAGAAGUUUAAAUACAGCCGAAGUACCUCAGACUCGCUCCACGCCAAGUACAACACCAAGACCUGCGCUACUGUUGUAGGAGACGACCAGUGGGGUCACCUGCAGGUCGACGCCACCUCACUCUUCCUGCUCUUCCUCGCUCAGAUGACUGCUUCAGGUCUUCAUAUCAUCUAUACCCAAGAUGAAGUGGAUGUUGUUCAGAAUCUCAUGUUCUACAUUGAGUCAGCUUACAAAGUGGCUGAUUACGGGAUGUGGGAAAGAGGAGACAAAACCAACCAGGGCAUCACUGAGCUUAACGCCAGCUCCAUCGGCACGGCCAAGGCAGCUCUGGAGGCGUUGGAUGAACUCAACCUGUUCGGAGCAAAAGGAGGGCCUGGAUCUUUGGUCCACGCUCUGGCUGAUGACAUACAGCACUGCCAGUCCAUCCUGACAUCCAUGUUACCCAGAGCCUCCAUCUCUAAAGAGGUGGAUGCUGGAGUGCUGGCCAUCAUCUCAUACCCCGCCUUCGCCGUCGAGGACAUAAGUAUAGUCAACGCGACGAAGGAGGAGAUCAUCUCUAAACUGCAGGGUCGAUAUGGCUGCUGCAGGUUUCUCAGAGAUGGACACAAAACCCCUAAAGAGGAUCCAAACCGACUCUAUUACGAGUCAGCAGAGCUGAAGCUGUUUGAGAACAUCGAGUGCGAGUGGCCUCUGUUCUGGACCUACCUCAUACUGGAUGGCAUAUUUAUCAACAGUCCCGAACAGGUGCAGGAGUACCAGGAGGCUCUGGAGGGAAUCCUGAUCAAACAGAAAGAUGGGAUACGACUGCUGCCGGAGCUCUACAGCGUUCCUGCAGACAAGGUGGAGGAAGAGUACGUGAACCCUCACACUGUGGAGAGGAUCCCAAUGGGCAAAUGUCCUCUGAAGUGGGGGCAGUCUCUGUACAUCCUGGGAAACCUCUUAGCUGAGGGGUUUUUGGCACCUGGAGAGAUUGACCCUCUUAACCGGCGUUUCUCCACCAUCCCUAAGCCUGACGUGGUCGUUCAGGUUUCAAUCCUGGCAGAGACAGACGAGAUCAAAGAGCUGCUGUUGAAGCACGGUAUAGAGGUGCAGACCGUGGCUGACAUCCACCCCAUCCAUGUGCAGCCCUCCAGAGUCCUCAGCCAUAUCUACGCCAGACUCGGUCGUAACCCACGGCUGGGUCUGACAGGACGCCCCUACAGGAGAAUAGGAGUGCUGGGAACCUCCAAGUUCUACAUCAUCAGGAACACCAUGUUCACAUUCACACCUCAGUUCAUCGACCACCAGCAGUUCUACUUGGCGUUGGACAACAAAAUGAUUGUGGAGAUGUUGAGGACAGAAAUCGCCUACCUUGCAUGCAGAUGGAGGAUGACUGGAAGGCCGACAGUCACUUUUCCCAUUUCACAGACUAUGCUGACUGACGAUCACUCAAACCUGGACCCCGCAGUUCUGGCGACACUCAAGAAAUUACAGGAUGGAUAUUAUGGAGGGGCAAGGAUCCAGACGGGGAAGCUGUCGGAGUUCCUGACCACUUCCUGUUGUGCUCACCUCAGCUUCCUGGACGGUAAGGCAUCUGGCAGCAUGGGCCGCCACGACGAAGAGUGUGGUGGUGAUGAUGAUGAGCGCUACAGCGAUGGAUACGUGCAUGAGUUGCGUUAUGAUGCUGAGGAUGACGACCUCGCACAGUACCUGGACCACCUGUUGGCCCACUCUGCCCCCAAGAAGCCUAAGCGUCCAGUGGGAGGUCUCAGCAGGUUCAAGGCUGCGGCCACCAAAACCAAAGAGAUGGUGACUCUGAUGAAUAAGGCUCAGGACCUCAACGUACAAAAUGUCAACAUGUACCUGCCAAGCAAGCUGUUUCGUUCUUCUCAGCCGCCACUCAACCUGAAUAUUCCAGAGUCGCCUGCAUCACAAGACACUCAGGGCCCCAGUGUGGCAGUUCUAGCAGAGAGCGGCAUCCCCAGAGACGCCAGCGGGGCCAUCGACUACAACGCUUUGGGCCAGCUGCUGAAAGACACACAAUCUCUGCAGGACCAGGCCGACAUACUUCAUAUCCUCUACAAAGACAAGGGUAUGGACUGGGACACAGGUGUGCACGGUAAAGGCUCCACAGUAAGAACCCUGCUGACUGACCUUUAUGAGAAGGCAGGUGAACUGAAACACUGGGGCCUCAUCAGGAUGAUCUCCGGCAUGCUGAAGAAGAAGGUGGAGGAGCUCGACUCGGCCUGCUCUGCUUUGCUGGCCCACCAGAAGCACCUGACAGUGGGUCUGCCUCCUGAGCCGAGAGAGAAAACCAUCACGGCUCCGAUACCUCCGGACCAGCUGGCAAAUCUCAUCGACGAGGCCAGCGACAACAACAUCAGCGUCACCAUUCUCACUCAGGAGAUCAUGGUGUACCUGGCUAUGAGCAUCAGGACUCAGCCGAGUCUGUUCAGCGAGAUGUUCAGGCUGAGGAUCGGCCUCAUCAUCCAGGUGAUGGCCACAGAGCUGGCUCAGUCACUCAGCUGCUCAGGUGAGGAGGCCACAGAGACUCUGAUGAGUCUCAGUCCAUCUGAACUGAAGAAUCUGCUCCACCACAUCCUCAGCGGGAAGGAGUUUGGAGUGGAGCGCAGUGUACGGGAGAUGGAUGUCGGUGUCAGUCCUGCCAUCUCCAUCCAUCAUCUCGGGAACGUGGGUGCCACGAAGAGCGAGAGAGCCGGCAUCAGCAAACUGAAGAGCGACAUGAAGAUGCUGGAGCAAAGGUUGUCUUUGACGGAUCCGAGCAAGGUGGAGCACAGGUUAUCCAUGACAGAUCCUCUUAAGGAAGCCAUGCUGUCUUUGACAGAUCCAGUUGCAGAGAUGGACCGCAGGGUAUCUUUGACUGGCUCAGUUAAGCUCGACCAGUCUGUGACAUCCACCCUCAAGGGCAUGCAGUCACCGGACAUAGAAAGCAUCGAGCCUGGGAGGUUCCGGCUGCCGUCCAUGGAAUCCUUCGACAUCCCAGACAAGAUACCAGUUGCAAAGGAUACCAGACACGGUCAGUGGCUGCGUAGGAGGCGUCUGGACGGCGCUCUGAACCGAGUGCCCGUCGGCUUUUACCAGAAAGUGUGGAAGAUCCUACAGAAGUGCCAUGGUCUGUCCAUAGAGGGAUUUGUUCUUCCAUCUUCAACUACCAGAGAGAUGACCCCAGGAGAGAUAAAGUUCUCCGUCCACGUGGAAACGGUUCUGAACCGUGUCCCUCAGCCCGAGUACCGACAGCUGCUGGUGGAGGCCAUCUUGGUCCUCACCAUGCUAGCAGACGUGGAUAUCGAGAGCAUCGGCUCUAUAAUCCACGUGGAGAAGAUCGUCCACCUGGCCAACGACAUGUUUGACAAGGACCAGAGGGACCUUGGUGCAGAGGAGCACAUCCUGGAGAGGGACCCGUCCACAGGAGUGUGCAGGCUGCUGUAUGACAGCGCCCCCAGUGGCCGCUUCGGGAGCAUGACCUACCUCACAAAGGCUGUGGCGGUGUAUGUGCAGGACUUCCUGCCCAGUGGGUCGUGUGCUGUGCAGUGAGAAAACGAGAUCAUGCAGCAGUUUUUACGUCAACAUGAGAAUAAAUCAACAGCUGUGCUUCAUGUUGUCACCAUUUGUGCGUUAAUGCAGAAAAUGGAUCAGGUGGUGCAUUUGUAGGUUUUAUGUGAAGAGUCUUCCUUUUCAACCGGUGCUCGUACUGCAGAGCGCCGCACACACUGUAGCAACCACACUAGCUAGCCCCGUCUGUUUCUCUUUGUAAGGGUGGUGACUUCCUGCAUUUAUUUUACCCUCAGUAAUCACCAACAGUGCCCUAAUUUAAGUCUUUAAAUUGCACAAACAUUUGCCCCCUAGGAGCAAGAGUUAUGAGGAUGACAAUGAGUAAAACUGAUAGCUGGAUACAAAAAUUUUGCCCACUUUUCUCCAAGUGUCUCUGUAUAAAAACAAAGAUAAACCCUUCAACUCCAGUUGCCCUCAAACAGCAUCACUAAGCUUUUCCUCCAUCUGAUUUUUGGCAGUGUAAGAGAAUCCAGGCUGAUGGGUUUGGGACGCAGCGUGAAUCUAAUUUUUUUUUGCCAGAGCUGAAGAAUUUUAACAAACCGUCUAUUUUAACUCAUCAGUAUUCACAUCAGUCGGUGCAAAUUUGCAUUACUUUGCCUUAUUCCAUAAACUUUGUAUGUACGCACUUUGUUAAAACUUUGUUUAGUGUGAAUGCAGAAUAAAAGUUGAUCUAAGUUUUGUAAAACCACAGAUCCUUGAACAGAUUCCCUAAAACAUCACGGCACUGUAGUUAUUAGCAAAUGUUAUCAAAACUGUGUGCACCUUGGGUACUAUUUUCAGCUGCGGAUUAAUACACAUUUGGUGUAUUUUUUUUUUUUGUUUUUUUGUUUUUUUUUUUAUUCACCCUAGAAAGAAAAAUGUAUGAGAGAUUUAAUUUAAAUUGGCAACAGUUAUUGAUAAAGUGACAUAAAGUGUGUUUUCAGUAGAUUUUGGACUGUCAGGGUCUGUCACACAAAGAAAUAAGCUGCACAAAUGAUACUGUACGACUUUUAGGGAUUUUCCAAGGAGAAAAAAAGGAGAAUUUUCCUGUAGAGCAGCUAAGAUUCAUUUCCAUCCUCUGCUCAUUUUUUCAUGCAUUUAUGGGGGAAAAAUAGCCAAAUGUGUUCCUUUAAUCUGUGCAAAUGAAAGUAAAUUGAUCCCCAGCUAUGAUCAAUUUAGCUGGAAAAUAGUUCUCCCACUUUUUUCUUUUGUUCAUCACUACUUUAAAUAUGUUCACGUCUAACUGCUGUUAACUGUGUAACUUAAACAUAAAGUUCUUCAAAUUGAUCCUCUAACUGUUGCUAAUUUAUUGUCUGGUAGCUCAACCACUAAAACUCACAUAACUUUGUUUACCUCCAGUCCUACGUGCUUGUAUGGUGUAUAAAAUAAUGGAACAAAAAAAGAAAUCUAGUAUUUAUUUUUUAGAUCUAAUUAAUUAAAGUCAGCUCCUGUAGAUAGGGCCUUAAAGAGGACAUAAUGCCUUAACAUAGCUGUAUUUGAUUUGAAAAGUUUCUGUGUGACUGAAACUGCAGGAGUGCUGUUUUAUUUAAAACUGUCCAUGAACAGCAAACUUUUUUUGACACACGAGCUUUGAUUGUAUUAAUUUCUUAGAAAGUGUUUCCUGCAUGUAAGUGCAUGUAUGUGAAUGUAUUUCUAUGCCUUCAUCCUCCGAUGGCUAAAACUGUAAUUUUGUUAGUCUGUUUUUAGAGGGAUUACAGUCAGACUCGUGGUCGUUCACCUGCACAUGCUGUUUUACAUCAUGCUGUUGGCUCUUUGAUUGUUCACUGUUUAGUACAUCGAGGGCAAAGUGGGGAAAAAUGAUGAUCACUCAAGAACAUACCUGAUUGUGCCUCUUGUUUAAAUGCCCAAUAACCAACUGAUGUCAGUUAUUUGUGAUUUUUAAGCGCACGCCACGUGAACACAAUCCAUCAUAUCAGAGUGAGAGUGAGUCGGCGUUCCACUGAGCAAAGCUACUGGUUGACUGUUUUUGUUUUUGAAACUAAUUCUGUAAUAAAAUAAUAAAAAUC